AAUUAUAUGGGACCUGCAGUGAAAUACACAAAACAUGGUGCACGUAAACAUUCCUGCGGCACUUACUGAGGAGGAAGAAUUACUGCAGAAGAAAUAUGCUAAGUUGAGGAGGAAGAAAAAGGUAUUACAGGCUCUAAAAGCACCAAAGGCAGAGGCACCAGUCCCUCAGGCAGAAUCUCUCAAAAGAAAACAAUCUGAAGCAUCAGCAGUAGAUGCCAAAGAGCAAGCUAAAAAACUUCUGAAAUCUGGAGCCAUUAAACUAGGACCAGGAUACAAAGAUAAACAUAGCUUCAAGAAGUCUAGGAAUUUGGAAAAGAAGUUGAAGGAUCCUGAAAAACUCAGUUUAUCUUACAAUUUCCAACCAUUUUCUCCCACUCCGCCAGAAGAGCCAGAGCCUUCCAAGCCCAAAGUGAAAGGCCUGUAUGAAAGUUUUGUGAGUUCGUCAGAUAAAGAACAUGGAAGGCAUGACAGAGAAUCUAGAAGGGACCGGGGAGAUCGGCCAGAAAGAGACCGGGACCGUGAAUAUCCUAAGAAAGGCAACACUAUUUAUGUGUAUGGCCAGGGAAUCACUGAGGAGAUGCUGAAGAAAGCUUUUGCAAACUUUGGCACAGUGGUCAAUAUUAACAUGGAAGUUGAAAAGAAUUGUGGUUUUGUGACAUUUGAGAAGAUGGAGUCUGCAGAGGAGGCCAUCACUCAUAUGAACAACACCAUGGUGCAGCAGAUCCAGCUCAGAGUGUCCCUGGCCAGACGACAACCCACUUUUGAACAAAUUGCUGACCCGAGUAACGCCACAUGGACGACAAUAGCUGCCAACAAUUCCCAGAAAGGAUUUCAUAAAGAUAAAAGACAAUUGGUUUCUUAUGACCCAGAAGAGGAUAUUUUUUGAUAAGGAUAAAUUAUUUUAUAUUUGCAAAAAAAAAAAAAAAAAAAA